CCAAUGGCGCCACUAAAGCCUAAAUUGUUUUGUGGGAAAAUUUAUAGUUUGCAAUCAUUCUUAUUUUUAUUCCAACGGAGGCAAUUAUAAGUUUGGUAAGGUGCUUGUUUAUUCUCCUAUUUCCUAUAAGGCUUACUGAUAGUUCUGUUUGGUUUUUUAUUGGAUUUUUAUUCAAGUGAAUACAAAGAAACAAAAAUGUAUGUUUCACUUUGUAUGUUCAUUUUAGCUGCCUUAUAUUUGUUUUCCUGCUUUUAGGAAUCAUUAAUUUUCAUCAUGAAUAUUUAAAUAUUUCUUUCAAUGCUAUAACCAUUGCUCCGUUUGCCAGUUACCCAGGCCUGCGCAGGCGUCGUGAUUAUCUGCCCCUAUAAAAGUCAGAAGGACACUUGACCAAUCUUAGCAUUUGUCAAGAUGUGUUCGGUCCAAAUAUUGGUGAUUUUCUGUUGUUCCUACUUGUUUGUGCUCGGCGAAACUAGCUCGGUGGGCAAGGACGCCUGGCUGCGUCCUGGCUGCCACAAAGUUGGAAACACGCGAAAAAUUUCCAUUCCUGAUUGCGUAGAAUUCACCAUAACGACCAAUGCGUGCCGCGGAUUCUGCGAGUCAUACUCAGUGCCCUCGGUUCCCUGGACGGGUUCAUCGCUAGCUGUUUUAUUCAAGCCACCGAAGCCAGUGAUACAACGUCGCGUCCUAUGUAUAGAAGGUAUUCGAAACUUCACCUUUAAGAGUGCUGUGUCCUGCAGCUGUUAUCACUGCAAAAAGGAUUAGAUGAAAGCAAAACUUACCAAUUUUAUGCUUGAGCCACCUUCUUAUUAAAUUUAGAACAAAGCUUAUAAAUGCUUAUUAUAAAAAUACAUUACCCACACACUCGAAUAAUAAAAGUGUAUGUUGUAAUUUAACGUA